AUGGAAGGCUACGCCCGUUAUCGCACCAGCGGCGACACGGUCAUUGUCCAUGAGUUGAUGGCAGUGACACAGGAAGCCGGGGCUGCCCUUUGGCGGUUCUGCUUUGACACUGACCUGGUAACUCGCGCCGAGGCCGAGCGCCGUCCGGUGGACGACCCUCUGCCCUGGAUGCUGGCAGACCCUCGCCGACUCCAACGGGCGGCUCGCGACGGCCUGUGGCUUCGCCUGGUGGACGUGGCGACGGCCCUUCCCAUGCGCCAGUACGCCGAGGAGGGCAAAGUGGUAAUCGAGGUGCAGGACAAUGUUUGCCCCUGGAACGCCAGGCGUUUCGCCCUGGAAACGGCGCGUGAAGGGGCAAUUUGCAAAGCCACCGAGGCUGCCCCAGACAUGAUAAUGUCCGUGGCCGCUUUGGCCUCCACCUUCCUGGGAACUGUCACCUUUCACCACUUUGUCCCAGGCCGGCUUGGUGGACGAGAAAAAGGCCGGGUCGCUGGCCCAUGCCGACCGCAUCUUUGCCGUCCAGCAGCAACCCUGGACUCCCUGCGGGUUCUAGGAACCCUCUGA